UCGGCGGGUCGUCCGCCAAUGAGCGGCGGAGCGGAGCGUGAGGCUGUGCGGGGCUAAGGUGGAUGGCGGGGUUUCUCUGAGGCGGAGCUUCGGCGCGUUGGGGAGGCAGGCGGCCGGCCAGGGAGGGCUGGGCAGCCGAGGGCUGUUGUCCCCUGGUCCCUAGGAGCCAGCGACGCCGAGCGCCUGCGGGCUGGGCUGGGCGGCGCGAUGCCGGUCCACUCGCGGGAGAAGAAGGAGAACAACCACGACGAGAUGGAGGUGGACUACGGGGAGAACGAGGGCAGCAGUUCCGAGGAGGAGGAGUCCGAGAGCUCGUCCGUGUCCGAGGAGGGUGACAGCUCAGAAAUGGACGAUGAGGACUGUGAAAGAAGAAGGAUGGAGUGUUUGGAUGAGAUGUCCAAUCUUGAAAAACAAUUUACAGACCUCAAAGACCAACUUUACAAAGAGAGAUUAAGCCAAGUGGAUGCAAAACUGCAGGAGGUCAUUGCGGGAAAGGCACCAGAGUACUUGGAACCGCUGGCAGCUCUGCAAGAAAACAUGCAAAUCCGAACAAAAGUGGCAGGUAUCUACAGAGAGCUCUGUUUAGAGUCCGUGAAAAACAAAUAUGAAUGUGAAAUCCAAGCUUCCCGCCAGCACUGUGAGAGUGAAAAGCUCUUGUUGUAUGACACAGUUCAAAGUGAACUGGAAGAGAAAAUCAGACGACUUGAAGAAGACCGACAUAGCAUUGACAUUACCUCAGAGUUAUGGAAUGAUGAACUUCAGUCUAGGAAAAAAAGGAAGGAUCCCUUCAGUCCCGAUAAGAAGAAACCGGUUGUUGUAUCAGGACCCUAUAUAGUGUACAUGCUGCAAGAUCUUGAUAUACUUGAAGACUGGACCACAAUAAGAAAGGCAAUGGCUACUUUGGGGCCACAUAGAGUGAAAACAGAACCCCCUGUCAAGUUGGAAAAACAUGUACACAAUGCAAGAUCUGAAGAUGGAAAGCUGUAUUAUAAUGGGGAGUGGUACGGACGUGGACAAACAAUAUGUAUCGAUAGGAAAGAUGAAUGCCCUGUAAGUGCCAUAAUUACAACAAUUAACCAUGAUGAAGUGUGGUUUAAGAGGCCUGAUGGAAGCAAAUCCAAACUGUUUAUUUCCCAGCUACAGAAAGGAAAAUAUUCAAUCAAGCAUAAUCACAACUGACCGUUAAACCAACCAGACAGUGUUAUCCUGCUAGAUGUGCCAUGAGAUGAAAGAUGUAUUUACUAUUUGUUCUCAUCUACUUUGUGUGGCAGUAUCUGUGUAUUUGUAGUAGUGUCAGUAAUCUUCAUACAAAUGUCUUAGAAUAAGUGAUACAUAAUCAUGUCAACCAUGACGUCUUGCCUCUAGUUCGGUCCCAGCGUCUCAGAUAGAAAACGUUAACCUUUUGGAGAGCCUGAGGACAUCUGACUAAGCCUGCAGUCCUACAAAGCUAUGUGCAUGCAUGGGGGAGAAUGGCGCAUGCAGCUGCUUGGGGUCUUUUAAGUUUCUUUUGCAGCUGCUUGCUUGGCUCAGUGUGUGAGCCAAUUUUAAAACUGCCUAUUGA